CCAAAGUGUUCAACUCUUCACUAGCAGAGCGCAGACGCAACGUCGUUCAGUGCGGUUUUGGAGUUCGUAGCGUCUGGUCGUAAUCGUGAAGCAGUCUAAAAAAGCACCGCUAACAGCAACUCGCCCAUAGGCUUGCAUGUGUUUGUGUUUGUGUCGGUGUAUGUGUGCCCAACUGAAGCAGUGAAAAUUUUAAAAAUAAAAAACAAAACACAAAAUCCUAGCAAAACGUCCACUUUAUACACAACGGUCUCCAGCUCCAUUUGGAGUUCUAGUUGGCAGCCAUGUCAGUAAAGACAGUGAAGGAUAAACCGUGGCUGGUGCUUGUUGGCCUAUUGGCCGCAUUGAGUUCACUGCAGCAUUGCUGUGAUGCCGCCUACCCAUAUUACGGCACAAAGAUUGGCUCCCUAACACGACUACAUCAUGGCGUUUCCGGCGACGUGUAUGCCGUAGAUUCUCGAACCAUAUUCAUCAAGAAGUUCAACUAUGAUGGCGAAGCGCCCGCCGCUUAUUUUUAUGUAGGAAACACCGCGCGACCAAGCAACGAGGGUGCCGCUCGCCUAAGAGACGAGCGGGGAGGUACCGCUGCACUGACGCGUCGCUAUCGCAACAAGGACAUUACCCUGUCAUUGCCGGAAGGCAAGACGCUCCGAGACGUCAAGUGGUUUUCGGUGUGGUGCGAUGAGUUUGCUGUCAACUUCGGCGAUGUCGCCAUUCCGAGCACUUUGGAUUUUCCACGUCCGCAAAAGAUCAGCGCGCUGAGGGGUGUACACGGAGUGUCCUCCGAUAACAUUGUCAUUGUGGAUGCACAGACGCUCUUGGUACCCAACUUUAGCUACGACGGUGAGGCGCCAGACGCCAAGUUCUGGGUGGGUCGUGGGCAGCGUCCCUCCCCCGAGGGCCUCCGCAUACCUGAUGAGAACGGAAAAGAGAAUCCCCUGCGUCGCUACGAUCGAAAGACAAUAGUUUUAACACUGCCCGAAGAUCUGACCAUCUUCGAUAUAGGACACUUUGGCGUCUGGUGUGAGGCAUUCACCGUUGACUUUGGCCACGUGCGCCUGCCGGAGGGUCUCAAUGUGCCGCCCUCGCUGAAAAUGCUGGGCAUCAGUCCUCAGUCCAAGCUCAACUGUGAGGUGCUCUACGAUGAUCUGGCCUUUGAAGUCCGAUGGGCAGUGGCCGGUGAGAGCAUCGUUGUACAACUGGUUGCCAAAUUGGAACCCAACAAUUAUAUGUCCUUUGGCAUCUCACCGAACAAGAACAUAAGCCAAAUGAUUGGAGCCGAUGCCGCUGUAGCCUGGGUGGAUUCCGAGACAGGUAAUGGCUUUGCCCAGGAUUAUUUCCUAGAUGGCAAGGCUCAGUGUUCAGGUGGUCGUGGCGCGUGCCCGGACGUCAAGAUACAACAAAACACCAACUCCAUACGACUGCUCAAUGCGGCAAUGGUAAAUGGCUACUCAAUCGUCACUUAUCAACGCUCGCUGGCCUCCACUGAUAGUUUGGAUUUGCCCAUCUCAGUGAGCGAUGCAGAGUCUGUUGUCUGGGCGAUUGGACCCUUGAAUGACUACAGGGAGGUUUCCUUCCACACCUAUUAUAAUAAGCAUUUGCAUCAGAUAGAGUUUGGUCGCCAGCCCAAAUGGAAUUGCCCCUUACCAGAAGGAGCCAAACCAGGCAGCAGCUCAGACGAGCAGGAGGAAGAAGUUACUCAAAUUAGCUCUACUGGCGGUGCGGGAUAUCCGCCUGCAGGUCGUCCCAACAUUGAGCCCGAUGAGGAGUUUUAUGAGAACCGCGCUCAGGCCUUACAACGUACCACACCUGCACACGCUCCACAAAGACACCAGGAGACGGCUGUGUUAACGCAAAGUCGUCCCGUACCAACACCUAGGCCGGUCAACAGCAAUGGCGCCUGGGAUAUUCCGGCUAUACAAUGCCAUGAGCCCGAAGAUGGUGUCUUCUAUGCUCAAAUGGGCCCGACAGGAGGAAAGCAUGGCUAUCCUGCCAUUACCGGCCACGUGGGCUGGGGCAUAUCCUGGUACAUUAAUGGUUUGCUAAUUCCCGAGAUUCAUGUGGUGAGAGGCAAGACUUACACUUUUGUUGUGGAGGGUGGCAACAAUCCGGACAUACCCGCCAAGUAUCACCCAUUCUAUAUUAGUGAUGAUCCUGUCGGAGGCUAUGAGCACAAGCGUGAGGAGGAAAAGAAGGCCGUACGCAUCUUCGCUGGUGUUCAUCGCUCCAGGUCCGGCCAGGUUACGCCUACUGGCGUGGGACGUUUAUGUAACUGGACGCCAGAUGUGGACGGACCUCCAGCAGAUGAUUAUCAAUCUUUCGGUGCGUACCAGCGUACAUUGACACUCAAGUGCGAUGUCGGCGAACCGGGAGUGAUCAGCUGGAAGCCGGAUAGGAAUACGCCAGACACCGUUUUCUAUCACUGCUUCACGCAUCGUUAUCUGGGGUGGAAGAUACACGUGCACGACUCGUGUGAUAGCACUGGUGAUGGUAUUGGCGCUGCCUCAGAGCGGCACGAGUUACGCGAGCCGGCACCCGUCCGGGAAGACUAUGCCGCCGAGUCAUCUAUUCGCCACGAAACCAAGGUCAGCCCCAACGAUAAUUUUUUAUUGAAGCACCAAACCGAUUUGAUUAAGAAUCACAAUAUGAAUGGAACACCGCCUAAACUGAGUUUUGAAAUAACGAAAUCUUCGGAAAUAACCAAACUGAUUUCAGAUGGCAUCCGCGCUGCUGAGGCUCUCGAGGAGAGCCUACUAAGGAACCAGUCGAUCGUCGCCGCACCACCGACACACUUUAGAGAUAACAGCAACAACGGCAACAUUAACGACAAUAUUGGCUCUAGAAUACCAUCAAAACCAUUGCUGGUGCAAGCCAGACCCGAGAUUUUGCAUGGCGAAACUCAUUCAUUGAAAUCAUCCGCCUCUACUUCAUCAGUUCAUUCGAAACUGCCCAUUUUCGCUGCACCGCAAUCACCGCCUGUCAUUGUUAACUCUCAUUUGCAACAGCGUUUACAAUAUCCGCAUCUGCACCAUGCACACUUCCCAUUCCAUCCCCCGCAUCAUUAUCAUUCUCACACUGCACUGCAACAUCACAAUCUUACUAGUAAUCUUCCAGCGCUGGCGCAAAAAACAAUUAGCCUAUCCGAAUAUCUUCGUCCACCGCAAAAUGCUCCGCUUUUUCAUCCUGUCAAGUUACCCGGACGUCGACCGUAUCCCGGCCCUAUCAAGAAGGUACCUGCCUCCAGGCCAGUAUUGCCACAACAGCAUCCUCCACCCGGAGGAAUACUCCCACAGUCCUCGUUGAUUGUUAAUCACUAUCGAAAGCCCGUGCCCAGUCUGCUAAAACCCUUUCUUAAGGAAAAGCUGUUUCCCAUACAGCCGUUAGCCGCUUCGGUAUUGUUAUUAGGUCAACCUACCGAACUUGGCGGUAUUGGACAAAGAAAGACCGAUGCAGCAGACCGUGUCAAAAUUAAGUCGAAACCCGUUAUUCCGCUACCUGUACCGUAUGUGGACCUGGAACCUCAAGCAUCACUUAAAAGCACAUCCUAUUUUCAUACAAAUACCAAAGCCGACCAAAAGCCAGUUCAGACCACCUCAACUACCACGAUUACACCAAUUAUCAAACGUCCAUUGCCAGACGAGCCAUCACCACAACAAAUUGCCAGCAUGCGCCCGGCAAUUAAUCAAGGGUUUAAGCCUGAUUCCGUUGUUGUUGAGAGUGGCUUCCGUCCCAUUGUGCGCAACGAUGGUAACGGCGUACAGCUGCCGCCAGAGCUGAUAGAACAGGUGGCUCAUAGACGCGAGGAUCCUGGAACCGAAAUUGAUGAAGUCAUGGAAACAGAUACACUUUUCCUUACCGCACAGCAAGGCAGCGAGACCCAGAGCUUUGAGCCCAUGUUCAUACCGUCCCCGUUGGACAGCACCAAUGCGACUAUGCUAGCAUUAAAAACGGCGCAAGAGGUCGACCCAGUUGCGUCCGAAUCGUCGCUGAGAUUGCCCUCAGCGGCAAUAAAACAUGCACUGCCAGCGGCGUCUCAACUAAGGAAGCCUUCUCUGGAGGAAUUAUUUUUUGCUGGCGAGGAAGACGAGCCAAAAAGCGAAGCAGAAGGACCGGAAGAACGGCUUUCUGCAACAAUUCAGCCAUCUGUAAUUGAGCCAGAACAAAGCUCUUCUGAAAUAAUAGUCGCACACGGGAAAGAUCCAAAUUAUGACGACGUGGCCAACCUUUUCGACACAUCGGAGGAAGAGGUUCAUCUGGAUACCAUAGCUGACGACAUACCGAUGGAAUCUGACGAUAAAGAAGCGCAAGCUGCCGAACGUGUUGAUACGUACUACUUGCCACCAGAUAAUCGGAAAAUUCCACAUGCCAGCAUCCCAAGCGGUGCCGUUUACACCUUUGACGGCAAAUCUGUGGUGGAUAGCACGCUAGUGCUGCCACCGAAACUGGAUGCACGCGACAGUGGAAACUCGCGUCACACACAUUUUGGGCUUACCCCUUUAGAAAAGCUAAUACGAACCACUCCACAGUUUGGUGCCUAUCGCGGUGAGCUCCCAGAGGAUUUCCUUUCCACCACUCAGCCAGGUGUGCAACCAGUGACGGAUUAUUUGAAUCUGGUGCCUUUAAGUAGCAGCAACGUGACGUCCCCAUCAGGCACCGCCAGCACUUUUCAUUCGCAUUCAUCGUCAUUACUAACAUCGUCAUCGCGACCCAUUUCAACAAAGUUGCACUUGCUCAAGCCCGAUUACAGCGAUAAUAGCACGUAGGAAAUUGACAACACAGGCGCGCAAUAGUUUAAUUCAUUGAUAAGAUAAGCAUUUACCAAUUGAAUUUGUACUCAUAACAAUAUACCAUAAAACUCCCGUAUUAGCUGUAGUCACCUCUUUUGUGUUUAAAUAUAAUGAAGCUCUUAAUUUUAACCAAAAUCAUGAAUUUUUACACAAUUAGCUAAGCUACAACAUACAUAUGUUUAAAUGCAU